AUGGCUCGACAUAUUACCAAAGACGGUGACGGGAUCGGCUCACCCAUGACAGCCAAAGCAGGGAGGUGGUCCCGUGGUGGACGUGUGUCUCCCUCCCUCGUGGGGUACAUUGGUCGCGGAGUGGAUUUUGACAAGCCUGUUUUGGGGGCAAUGAUGGAGAAGAGACAUUCAAGAUCCAAUAUCGGUCUCGAGUCUCUUAGCAGCCACUACAUCACCGGUGAUUGGCGUGUGUCCGGUCCUGACGUGGUCGGUUCCGAGAAUCACAUGUCAGAUGCCGAAUCAAGGGGUAUUUGCCAAGACAUGCUUGGAACACAGAACAUCCAGUGGAAGGGCGAAAAGUCCCUCGAUGGUCCACUGGAAGCAGUGCCUCCACCCGAUCCUGGUCUGCUGACCCAGUCCAUGCAAGCUUGGUUGGUGCACUGA